CAGCAGCCCACGGCAACCCCACCGCGGGUGAAAGGUUUUAGAUGGUCUUAUGUCUCAUGUCUCUGGUCUCUCUGGUCCCUCGCUCUUCCUCAAGUCGUCUCUGGUCAAGCCCCAGACCCCCAUCCUUCGUCAUCGCCCGAAGUCGUCUUGCUUCAUUUCCCUCGUUUCAAGUCGUGCUUGUCAACACCUUUCUUGCCUACCUACCGUGUUCUUCCCUCCUCCCUCGUUUCGUCCCCCGUCACUCGUUACUGGUUUGGUUUCCCUUCCUCGGUGUGACUGUUGGCAACAUUUCGGGCAUGUGGAAUUGAUUCUGGCUUAUCGUGCACCAUCUGUUCACUUGCGUGGCACGAAGUUGUCGAUCCCAGGCCACGGCCAUCAUGUUCCGGAUGGACUGGCAACGCUCAGCAGUGCUCAUCGUGGGCCUGUUGAGCGUCGUUGCCGUAGGCUGGCCCUACACCGAGUCGCUCGCUGAUUACAACCUCAACACCAAUUCCUCGGCCAAGUCACCUAUCGACUAUUGGGGAGAAUGGCCGGAUCACGAAUAUCACCCGUCGCCAGACAACUGGCGAUUCCCCAUGUACACCAUUUUCUUGGAUCGCAUCGCCAACGGCGAUCCCACCAACGACAACAUUAACGGCACCACUUUCGAACAUGUCAUCGACUCCAACCAGAUGCGCCACGGCGGCGAUCUCGUGGGGUUGAUUGACAGUCUGGAUUACAUCAAGGGCAUGGGAUUCAAGGCCAUCUACUUUGCGGGCACGUAUCUGAUGAAUCUUCCCUGGGCCUACGAUGGCUACUCGCCCGUGGACACCACCCUCCUGGACAUGCACCAUGGCACCCUGGAGGACUGGCGGACCACGAUCACGGAAAUCCACAAGCGCGACAUGUACGUGAUUGUGGAUAAUACCUUGGCAACUCUGAGCAACCUGAUCGGGUUCAAGGGCCAUCUGAACGACUCGGCCGACUUUUUGGCGACGGAAUACGAGGUCGAGUGGAUCACCGAUCGCCAGUACGUCGACUUCCAGUUCAGCAACGAGUACAACGAAACCUGCAACUACCCCAAGUUCUGGAACGAGACGGGCUAUCCCAUCACCACCGGCGGGGUUCAGGACCUGAAAGGGUGCUACAACAGUGAUUUCGACCAGUACGGUGAACUGGAGGCCUUUGGUAACUUCCCCGACUGGAAGCGCCAGCUCACCAAGUUCGCCUCUGUCCAAGAUCGCUUGCGUGAAUGGCACGAGCCCGUCCGGAAUGUUAUCACCCACCAUUCCUGCAUCCAGAUCGCCAGUCUCGAUGUCGAUGGCUUCCGGUUCGACAAGGCCGUCCAGGGCACUCUGGAGCCCCUCGCCGACAUCAUCAGCACCUACCGAGAAUGCGCCAAGAAGUAUGGCAAGCACAACUUCUUUCUGCCCGGUGAGAUCACGUCGGGAAACACCUUUGGCAGUCUCUAUCUGGGUCGCGGUCGUCAGCCGAACCAGGUGCCCGACUCGGUGGACGUGGCCAUCAAGCUGACCAACGAUUCGGAUUCCGAAUACUUCUUGCGUGACGACGGAUUGCAAGCGUUGGAUUCCGCCGCUUUCCACUAUACCAUUUAUCGGUCGAUGACCCGUUUCCUGGGAAUGGACGGUAACCUGGUGGCCGGGUUCGACCUGCCCACCGAUUUCAUCGAGGCGUGGAACGGCAUGUUGGAGACCAACGACUUCAUCAACGCCUUCACGGGCGAGUUGGACCCUCGCCACAUGUUUGGCGUGUCGAACCAGGAUAACUUCCGCUGGCCAGCCAUCAAGAAUGGCACGGUGAAGUACCUGUUGGGCCUGUACAUCGUGACGUUGGAGCUGCCGGGCAUCCCGCUGGUGCUCUGGGGCGAAGAGCAGGCCAUGUACGUCUUCGAUGCCACGGCCUCCAACUAUCUGUUCGGCCGGCAGCCCAUGACCUACCAGACGGCCUGGUGGACGCAUGGCUGCUUCUCGCUCAACACCUCCAAGUUCUACGACUUCCCCAAUGACAAGGGCCUGAACGGCUGCAACGACAUCACCGUCACGUACGACCAGCGGAACCCGGCGCACCCCCUGCGCAACAUCAUGAAGCGCAUGUUCGAGAUCCGCGAGCAGUACCCCGUGGCCAACGAUGGGCUCUACCUCGAGACCCUGUCGCAGCUCACCGAGAACAUCUACCUGCCGGGAUCCGAGACCACUCCGACUGUCACGGGCCUGUGGUCCGUCCUGCGCACCUACUAUCCGGGGGUCCAGCAGAAUGCCACCCAGAGCAAUGGCACCCUGUGGCUCGUCUAUCAGAACGGGAAUACCACCGAGACCUACGGCACCAGCUGCACCAACAAGACUGCCGCAUUGCUGGCCCCCUUCGACUCCGGGAAGAAGUUGAAGAACCUCUUCUAUCCCUAUGACGAGCUCACCCUGGAAGAUGGCCCCGGCGGCAGUGGAGCGUACGGAUGCGCCCGCAACAUGACCUUGCUGCCGUGGGAAUACCGCGCCUAUGUCGAGGCCUCCAGCUUCGUGGAGCCCGGCCCUACCGUCACCGAAUUCGUCCCGGGCCACGACGCACGAUUGAUCUCGUCGGAGGACAAUGGGGAAAGCCUGGCCAUCCAGCUGGGAUUCUCCAAACCCAUGGACUGCGACGUGCUCACCAAGGCCAUCUCCCUGAACUCGACCACGACCAAGGGCAUCACCGCCUCGUUCGACACCUCCAACGUCACCUGCGCCAACAUCACGGCCCGAACCACGAGUAACAACUUCGUGGGCGAGGUCCCGACGGUGUGGACGUGGUCCACGACGUUGAAGAAUGUCUACCAUGGCGUGCACCAGCUGACGGUCAAUAAUGUGACCAGCGUCAAUGGCACCCACACGAAUGCCGUCGACAAGUUCCUGUUCCGCUUGGGCACCGAGACCAACCCCCUGAUUUCCCCCCUGGCCAACUACUCCACCACCCUGCUGCAGAAGUCCGACAACGGCAGCUACUACAUUCAGCAUGACGCGGCGGGCGCGGAUAAGUACCGCUACUCGACGAGUUUUGGCAGCAGCUGGUCCAACUGGACCGAGUACACUGGGGGCAACACCACCAUCGAUCUCACCUCGUGGUCGGGCACGUCGGCGCAGAAGUGGAAGGGCACUCACGUUCGGGUCCAGUAUUUCUCCCGACUCACCGGCAGCAGUGAUUAUCUCCAGGAAGGCGAUUACGGCUGGAAGGAUGGUGUGGCUCGUCGAUUCCCGCACAUGUGGUGGAACGGCCCCUACAACCAAUAUGGCUACGACGCCGGGCUGGACAGCAAGAUGCGGUUUGAUGAGGACGACUUGCGCUGGAAGUACGAUUUCGUCUACGAGUGGCCCUCGGUGGGACAGAUCAGCAUCUGGGGUACCGAUGAGGAUGGCACGCCCGACACGACGGGUGUCUAUGGAGACGUGGAUAACUCGUCGGUCGUGCAGCGGCUGCCUCCCUCGUACCUGUCGUCCAACGUCAUCAACAUCACCGAAUUGCCGCCCUUCCCGCAUCUCGGCUGGACCAUCUCGCUCAACGAUGCCAACCUCCGAUACGAGUUGAUCCCCGUGGGAUCCGGCUGGGCCCAACUCGUGCUCUACGUCCUGCUCUGGGUGGUUCCCAUUCUCAUGGCGCUGGCGGGCGUGUUCAUCUUCAUCCGCACCUUCUACCGCGUUCAGCUCAACACGGAUGGCAACGUGGCCAAGGAAGACAAACUGCCGCUGCUGGUCUGGCGCCGACUGAGGGGACAGUCCGGAGACGACCACUCCGAACGGGCUGUGUCCGCCAUGGCGGCUGCUGCGCCCUCGACCGAGAUGGCCAUCGCCGGGGCCCCCGAGAAACGGCGGACCGUCUUGAUUGCGACCAUGGAGUACGACAUUGAGGACUGGAAGGCCAAGGUCAAGAUCGGUGGGUUGGGUGUGAUGGCUCAACUCAUGUCCCAGCAUCUGGGUCACCAGGAUCUCAUCUGGGUGGUGCCCUGCGUGGGGGACAUCGAGUAUCCUCAGGACACCCCGACGGAGCCCUACAUCGUCACCAUCCUCGACAACCCCUACCUGGUCCACGUGCAAUACCACGUUCUCAACAACAUCACCUACGUGCUCCUGGACGCACCCGUCUUCCGACAGCAGACCAAGGCCGAGCCCUACCCUCCCCGCAUGGACGACCUGGACAGCGCCAUCUACUACUCCGCGUGGAACCAGUGUAUCGCCGAGACCAUCAAGCGAUUCCCCUCGAUCGAUAUGUACCACAUCAACGAUUUCCACGGCUGCCUGGCGCCGCUGUACUUGCUGCCCUCCCGCACCAUCCCCGUGUGCUUGUCUCUGCACAACGCCGAGUUCCAGGGUCUCUGGCCGCUCCGCAACCAGCAGGAGAAGAAGGAGGUGUGCUCGGUCUUCAACCUGCCCGUCGAGACAGCCACCAAGUACUGUCAAUUCGGAACGGUGUUCAAUCUGCUGCACACCGGUGCCAGUUACCUGCGAUUCCACCAGCGCGGCUUCGGUGCCGUGGGUGUGUCCAACAAGUACGGUAAGCGCUCCUGGGCUCGGUACCCCAUCUUCUGGAGUCUGGAGAAGAUCGGCAGUCUGCCCAACCCCGAUCCCACCGACAUCGCCCCCCUGGAGGAAAGCGGCGACGAGAAAGCCUUGACCCGGUCGUACGAGGAACGCAUCACGGACAAGCUCGAGGCCCAGAAGUGGGCCGGCCUGACCGAGGAUCGCAACGCGGACCUCCUGGUAUUCGUGGGCCGCUGGUCCAAGCAGAAGGGUGUCGAUUUGAUUGCGGACGUCAUCCCGGCCGUGUUGUCGGCCAGGCCCCAGGUGCAGGUGAUCUGCGUCGGUCCCAUCAUCGACCUGUAUGGCCGGCUGGCCGCCAUCAAGCUGGACAAGAUCGCCACCAUGUUCCCCGGUCGUGUCUUCUCGCGGCCCGAGUUCACCGUCUUGCCUCCCUGUGUCUUCUCGGGUGCCGAUUUCGCUCUGAUCCCGUCUCGUGACGAACCAUUCGGGCUGAUUGCCGUCGAAUUCGGUCGAAAGGGUGCCCUGGGCAUUGGUUCUCGCAUUGGUGGUCUCGGCCAGAUGCCCGGUUGGUGGUACACGGUGGAGUCGGACGCCACGCGCCAUCUGUUGCACCAGCUGAGGACCGCCAUCAAAUCCGCCCUGGACUCGUCGCAGGAGACGCGCGAGCAGAUGCGGGCCAACUCGGCCAAGCAGCGAUUCCCCGUCCUCGAGUGGAUCCAGAAACUCGAGACCCUCCAGCGCACCUCGAUCCAAAUCCACCACGACAAGAACAAGGCCACCGUCGCCGGCUCUCUGCCCGAGUCGCAGAGCGCGUGGGACUUGCAGCAGAACAUGCGGUACUCGACGCUGGCCCUUCCGGGGACGCAAUCGCGCGCCUCGGGCGUGGAGACGCCCCCGGAGACCGUCAUCGAGCACGCCCAGUCUCGCCUGCAAGAACUCCAGACCGCCGAGGGUAACAGCCGGGCCAGCAGCCUCAACCGCCAGCUUUCGCUGGGACGGCGCGCGGGACCCGGUCAGGGCCGCAACCGCCUGACCAAGAGGCAGCUGUCGACGCACUCGCCGGGUGACGAGACCACCGACGCCGAGGAUGACGACGAGAAUGCGGCACCCCCCGUCGACUACAUCUCCCCGGAGGAGGCGAUGAGGGCUGUCACCAGCACUCUGGCACCGACGCCCGGGGGAGACAGCCGGGCCAGCGUCAGCACUCCCCCGCUGAUCCCUCCCCCAACCUUCCGCAAUUCCCGGCCGGGGUCCCCGUACCCUAUCUCGCAGGUCUCGUCGCCCUCCCUGGCUCCUCCCAUGGGCCACUUCCGCACCGUCUCCAUGCUCUCGUUGCCCUCCGUGGUGGGCGACCACACUUCCUUUGUGGGCGAAUCCACGCCCACCCAAAAUCAGCCGGUGUUUGAGCUGCAAAAGGUGGACCCGACCUUCACGGACAGCAUGGGUCACUUCACGCGGCGCUUCGAAGACAUCCUCACCAAGUUGAACAAGAAGAACUCGGUCACCGACUGCUGCAUUGAGACCUACCUGAUGAAGAGCGAGCGCCAGUUCUACUACGACUACAGCGACGCCCAGUUGAAGAAACAGCCCAAGGAUCGCGCCAUCGCCAUGCCCGGCUCCGACAGUGGCAUGCACGAUGGCCCCGACGGCCGCGCCUCGUACGCCAGUGCCAAUUCCGACUCGGACGGAACCGAUGAGAUUGAUCGCUGGCUGAUGCAGCUGGGCUACCGGCGUCCCAUGGUCAUCCAGCGAUUCAUGCGGCGGCGUAUCGGCAAUUGGCCAAUCUACUCGCUCUUCCUGGGUCUGGGUCAGAUCAUCGCUACCAACUCGUCCCAGAUCACCUUGUUGGUCGGCCAGGUUGGUGAGACCGCCGUCAAGGUGUACGUGAUCGCGGCCAUCUACUGUGUCUCCUCCAUCGCAUGGUGGUUCAUCUAUCACCGCUCUCCAGCUGUUUUCUCUCUCACCCUCCCCUGGUUCCUCUACUGCCUGGCCUUCAUCAUCAUCGGCGUCUCCCCCUUCGGUCUCACCUCGCUGGGCCGCGCCUGGGCCCAGAACGUCGCCGCGGGCGUCUACGCCAUCGCAUCGUCCAGCGGUUCCUUGUUCUUCGCUCUCAACUUCGGUGACCAAGGUGCCGUCCCCGUUAAAGACUGGAUGUUCCGUGCCAGUAUGAUCCAGGGUAUCCAGCAGAUCUACACGGUGGCGCUCUGGUUCUGGAGCUCCAAGGUCACUGCCGCCGAGGUCGGAGGCGUGUCUGUGGCAGCCCUCAGCUCGUGGAGACUGACAGCGGUCGUGAUGCCCAUUGCAGCCCUCUGCUUUGCCAUCGGUGUCCUGCUGGCCCUGGGUCUGCCCAACUACUACCGCCAGUCCCCCAGUCGGAUCCUCUCCUUCUACACCUCCCUUUUCCGCCGCCGCAUCAUCCUCUGGUUCUUCUUCAUGGUCAUUGUCCAGAACUGGUUCCUCUCCGCCGCCGUGGGUCGCAACUGGUCCUUCCUGUGGUCCUCCAAGCACGCCAAGCCGUGGGAGAUUGUCAUCCUCAUCGUUGGCUUCUUCAUCGUCCUCUGGGUACUCAUCCUGAUUCUCUUCCGCGCGCUCUCCAAGGAGCACAGUUGGAUCCUGCCUGUCUUCGGACUGAGUCUGGGAGCCCCGCGAUGGGCGCAAACAUGGUGGGGAACGUCGAAUAUCGGCUACUAUCUACCCUGGGCCGGCAGUUUGGUUUCGGGUUCCAUUGCAUCGCGCUGUCUGUGGCUCUGGCUGGGUGUCCUAGAUGAGAUCCAGCAAGUCGGCCUGGGAAUGAUUCUCCUGCAGACCAUGACCCGAGUGCAUGUUUGCUUCGUUCUCCUGGCGGCCCAAUCCCUGGGAUCCAUUGCCACGAUUUGUGCCCGUGGCUUCGCGCCGAACAAGAUCGGACCGGCCAGCAUCUCCCCGGAUGUGGGCACGUCCAUCGAUAAGGUCGGCAAUGCCUGGUUCUGGAUUGCCUUGUUCUUCCAGCUUCUCGCAAGCUUUGGUUUCCUCCUGUUCUACCGGCGGGAACAGCUCAAUCGGCCUUAGGCCAUUGAGUGUCAUGUCCCACGCACUGCGGCUCCCUGAUACAGCCCCAGUCGUCCUAAUGAUGUUUGAGUAUUAGUAUGUCCUCUGGACCAUCAUGUAUAGACUUGCUCUUUCACAUUCCCCCUAUGAUAGCCUGCAUAUAUGUACCCUUAGAUAUCAAUGAUUAUAGACAUUCCUUUUUUUUUUU